AUGGUGCGACGAACUGAGGUCAUACGUAAUGAUAUUAUAUUCGGACGAUCGCGGAAACUGUCCGACGAGAUAGACACGAAACAAUUACUUUUUGCCGGGAUUAUGACGGCUGAAAAGUUCCUUGAUUCCAGGGCUUCUGUCGUAUACAACACAUGGGGGAAAACGGUGUCGGGAAAGAUAGUAUUUUUCGCUGGGAAUGAAAGCGGGGCUUCCACGCAUUCCCUGCCUGUUGUAACACUAAACGGUGUCGAUGACAGCUAUCCACCACAACGCAAGUCUCUGAUGAUGUUGAAAUACAUGUACGACAACUUUAUCGAUGAUUACGAGUGGUUUAUGAGGUGUGAUGAUGAUGUUUACGUACGAACUGAUAAACUAGAAGAGCUGUUACGAGGGUUUGAUAGUUCCAAGGAGUUAUUCAUCGGGCAGGCGGGUCAAGGUCUUCCGAGCGAACGCGGCCAGUUGGGACUCGGACCAAAUGAUAACUUUUGUAUGGGUGGUCCCGGAAUAAUAAUGAGCAGAAGCGUUUUGAAAAAAUUGGCGCCGCAUUUAGAAUAUUGUUUGAAAAAUUUGGUUUCCUCGCACGAAGAUGUGGAAGUCGGAAGAUGUGUCAGAAAACAUGUAGGGGUCACCUGUACCUGGGCAUUCGAGGUGAGCCUUUUUCAUUUUUGACUCACGGAUCUCACAGAUGUUGCAAAGCAACAUCUCACAAAUGUUGCAAAGCAACAUCUGUGAGUCUUUGUGACUCACGUCUUUGUGGUUACUUGAGUGUGGGGUGAGUGUGGGGCAGUUAAACAAUGGGAAACGACCAGCCUGCUUUGCGCGCACUGUUUGCCUGCGAAUCGGGCCUUUAAGAACCCGAAAUCGGGCUAGAGCACGCGUUCGUUCAAUCGAUUUGGCAAAUGAAGCACGACAAAUCACAAAUGGGUGAAAUGGCAAAAUUCGCACGGUGCCCGGUUUGCAAAAAGCAACUGAAAAAUGCCCUAAUUCUUUCUGUCACUUUCAUUUGAACUUAUCCGUGAGUCCGGCCUCAACGGCCCUUGAUUUAUGUUUCGUCUCGUGCUUAAACUAGUUUUGUAUUAUUAUGACACUGCAAAGUACAAUGCCCAUUGAGCUAUCGAGUCAACGGUCUUAUCCAAUUUAAGGGGCGAUUAUAUAUUACUUGGAGAGUUUUCAUCCCGGGCUGUGUUCAGUGUGGAUUAUAACGUUUUUGUUCUGACAAAUGUCCGAUCAACAAGACUGUUGCUCGGACAUUGGCAAAGAAUGGUCGGCCAACUAUUUCAACCAUUUUUACGAAAAAAUAAAACAUCUUUUUGUAAGUAGUAAGUAUUGGAAACGCUAUAGACUUACUAUCGAGAUUCGGUCACUUGAGAGAGUAUUUGCUAAAAGAGAAGCUCAAUGACAAUGUUUCCUCUGAAUGCUUUUUUCAAUUUUCAUCCUAAUAUUUAUUGAUUGCAUGGUACAGUAGGUAUAGUAUGCAAACAGUACUUUUUACAUAAGCUACCUUCAAUUUAAAUGAACAUUGUCUUUUUUAUUUGAUCGGUCAAAAUGUCCGUGCAGAAUGAAAUUGAUCGGCCAUUCGGUGUUUUUGUUUGGCAAAUAGCCGACUGCCGACCGUUAUAAUCUACACUGGCUGUGUUCCAUCCCGGUUUCAGCCCGGCCUAAGGAUAAAAUCCUAUUAAAACACAGCAGACGAUUACAUGACAGAAAUUUCAGCUCGGGACGAGCUUCAGCCCGGGUUAAAGCUACCCGGGCUGAAGAUUUCAUUCCGGUUGACCUUAAUAAGAAUCGUCAUGUAAUCGACGGGAAAUUUCAGCCCGGGUUGAAAAAACAGCGUUUAAACGCUUUAAACGUUUAAGUGGCUUUAUUUCUAUCUGUAUUUCUAAAUGCAAGCACAGUCUCGUAGAAGUCAAAUGAUAGACAUGAACAAGUUUUUAAAUUCUUCGAAGAAGCGGAAUAGCUCCGUUUUGAAACUUGAUCGUUUCCGUCCGGGUUGAAAUUUCACCCCGGUUUGAACUGAAAUCGCAUUCCGGGCUGAAAUUUGCCAUGUAAUAUACAGAAUUACAGACCAGUGCAGUCUAGGGACAGAAGUCGUGAAUAGAGUGACGAGAGUACACAUGUCUGAAAUGCCACUAUAUUUUUUUUCAGAUGCAAUGGUUAUUCUACCACAACCAGAGUAAAAUGAAUGCAUUUCACUGGGAUCUUGAUACGAAAGCCGUGCAGAAUGCGAUCACGUUACAUCCUAUUAAAAACCCCGCGUACAUGUAUCGUAUACACACGCACUUCUUGGCGCAAAAAAUCCUCGCCUUGCAACAAAGUUCUACGAUGAAAUCGAACACUUUACGAAAUCUCAAAAAACUUACCCAAGCCACCUUAAGCAGAACAGAAGUAACAAAAUUGACAAGCAAGAAAGACUUGCAUCAUAAAGUCCCCUUGAAUGUUACAUUACAUUGGGAACUGUUCAGCCCGAAAAAACUAUACAGUAUUUCAUCCACUCCGACACUACCCAUUCAAUACUCUAUCAAAAGAAGUGUCAAUAUAGUUCUACGCAAAGCCCUGGCAGACAUAAACUUAGAGGCCCGAAAAGUUGUAUUUCGCGAGCUACUGCUUUCAAGGGUCAACUUAGGGUACAUUCGCUUGGCGCCUACGAAAGGGUUGCAGUAUAUUUUUGAUUUUCGAAUGAUGAUGCUUCAGCAUAUUGGAUUUAAUCGACGAAAACUGCCUAUAAAUGUACAAUACCAAGCACAUGUCCAACAAUCGUUUGGAAACCUAAUUUAUACGUCUCGAAGAAUAGAUUUAGCCAAACUACCAUUCGUGAAUAUAAUUUUACCGUUAGCCGGCAGACUUGAAGCUUUUAAAAGAUUCCUUGCGAAUUUUGAAACAGCUGUUUUGAUAACGAACGAAAAAGUUAAAUUGCUUAUAAUGUAUUUUCCAAACGUAUCAAGUGAUAAGGAACACAAAAUAAUUUUGGAAAGCUAUAGAAAGAUGUACAGCAACUUUGAUGUCAUAUGGCAAACGGUGAAGGGACAGUUUUCUAGGGGAAAGGCACUACAACUUGGAGUCGCGCAAUUUAGUGCUGAUUCUCUGUUGUUUUUCUGUGAUGUCGACCUGGCUUUUGAUGUGGAAUUUUUAAACCGAUGUCGAGUGAACACAGUCAAACGAAAGCGGGUGUAUUAUCCUAUGGUAUUUAGUCAAUUCAAUCAGACCAUUUCGCUUACUCAAAACCAUCGUGAAAGUUUAGAACAUAUGAAAAGGGAAGGCGCUUUUAAACACGAGAACUUGCAAAGUGACCAUGGGUUUUGGAGGAGGUAUGGAUUCGGCAUAGUUUGUGUUUAUGGCGAAGACGUUGCGAAAGUGGGAGGCUUCGAUUUAACUAUUAAGGGUUGGGGACUCGAGGAUGUUAAACUGUACGAACAGUUUCUAGCCAACGGCAGAUAUGACAUCGUACGAACUCCUGAUCCAGGAUUGGUUCAUAUAUAUCACAUGUCCAGUUGCUCGCCUGACCUAGAGCCUCUUCGGUUACAAUCGUGCAAGAAUUCUGCCUUGUCUCAACUCGCAAACGCUGGAUCGUUAGUUAAUUAUAUGACUAAGAAAGGUUAUUUAUAA